AUGGAGAUGGCCGUCCAGUCUUCACCCGACUUCGCCAAGCGAAAGCCAGUCAUGGACAGCGACAGCGACGACGAGGCACCGCUCGCUCGUAAGAGGCCUAAUGGCAAGCGUGCCAGUGCAUUGAGUAGCGACGAUGAAAAGCCAUUAAGCAAGAAGCCACGCGUCUCCAAUGCCGCCGCCAAGAAACGACGCGUAGUUGAGAGCGACGACGAUAGCGACGACGACGCACCAGCCCCGCAAGCAGCCGUCAAUGGACUUGACUCGGACUCGGACUCAGAGGACGAGAAGCCUCUCGCGAGGAAACGCGUACCCGCCAAGCCCACAUCUAACGGCAAGGCUGCAUCCAAUGGCAAACCCGCGUCCAACGCCAAGCCUGCCUCACGCGGCAAGCCAGCCGCUGACAGCGAGUCCAGCGAGGACGAUAUGCCACUCGCUCGCGGCCGGAAGCCAGCCACGGCGCCUGCCAAAACUGCAUCGCGCCGAGCGUCCACAAAGGCGAAGCCUGAGCCCGGGAGCAGCUCGGAGGAUGAGAAACCUUUGGCCAAACGCGCUCGUGCUGCGCCAGCGAAGAAGACCGACAAGAAACCCGCCGUCAAGAAGGAGAAGAAGGGCGACGAGGAGGGCGACGACAAGUACAAGUGGUGGGAGCAGGAGGAGAACGCAGACAGCUCGGUCAAGUGGACCACAUUCCAUCACCACGGCGUCCUAUUUCCCCCUCCUUACGAACCUCUGCCCAAGGACGUCAAGAUGAAGUAUGACGGAAAGACCCUCACUCUACCUCCAGAGUCCGAGGAGGUGGCCGGCUUCCUCGCUGCUAUGCUGGAGACGGACCACGCUCAGGACGCCAAGUUCCGUGAAAACUUCUUUAGGGACUUCAAGGCUAUGCUUGCCAAGUACCCUCCUAAGGAGGGUGUGAAGGUCACCUCGUUGGAGAAGUGUGACUUUAGUGGCAUGUUCCAGUACUUCGAAACUCAGAAGGAAAAGAAGAAGGCGAUGACCAAGGAUGAGAAGAAGGCCAUCAAGGAGGCCAAGGACAAGCUUGAGGAGCCGUACCUUCACGCAAUGGUCGACGGGCGCAAGGAGAAGACCGGCAACUUCCGUGCCGAGCCUCCAGGGCUGUUCCGUGGUCGUGGCGAGCACCCACGCAAGGGCACACUCAAACACCGACUGCGCCCCGAGGAUAUUAUCCUCAACAUCUCCAAGGAUGCGCCCCCACCGAUCCCAAACAUUCCUGGCAAGUGGAAGGCUAUCCAACACGACAACACUGUGACUUGGCUGGCGCACUGGAAGGAGAACGUCAACGGCCAGUCCAAGUACGUCUUCCUUGCUGCGGGCAGUUCGUGGAAGGGACAGAGCGACCGACAAAAGUUCGAGAAGGCGCGCGAGCUCAUUAAACAUGUCGAUCGCAUCCGCAAGGUCUACACGGAGGAUCUCAAGUCCAAGGUCAUGGCAGACCGCCAGCGUGCCACGGCUCUCUACUUCAUCGACAAGCUCGCACUCCGUGCUGGUAACGAGAAGGGUGAGGAGGAGGCGGACACUGUCGGCUGUUGCUCGCUGCGUUAUGAGCACAUCACCCUCGAGCCACCCAACAAGGUUGUCCUCGACUUCCUGGGCAAAGACUCUAUGCGCUUCCACCAGGAGGUCGAGGUCCCGCCUCAGGUGUUCAAGAACAUCAAGCUGUUCAAGGCUGAGCCCAAGACCAAGGGUGACGACAUUUUCGAUCGAUUGAACACCAGCAUUCUCAACAAGUACCUCAACGAGCAGAUGUCGGGUCUCACAGCGAAGGUGUUCCGUACCUACAACGCUUCGUGGACAUUCCAGGACCGACUAAAGGCUUUAACGCCGAAGAACGGCACUGUCGCCGAGAAGAUUGCGGCGUACAACACUGCCAACCGUGACGUCGCCAUCCUGUGUAACCACCAGAAAACCGUUAGCAAGGGCUUCCAUGAGUCCAAGGCCAAAUUCGAGGACAAGAUCCGCGCGGUCAAGUACCAGCGGAUGAAGCUGCGCUGGCAGCUCUUCUCCCUGAACCCGAAGUUGAAGAAGAAGCGCGGCCUGGCGGAAGAGGAGUCUGACCUGGACGAGGACUUUUUCGAGCGCCACGAGGGCGAGCUCCUUGAGAAGGCAAUUGAGGCAGCAGGAAAGAAGUUUGACCGCGAGAACGUCAAACUUGAGGACGAGGGUCAGUCUAAGCAUCCCAAGAAGGUGCUCGACGAGCGCGUUAAGGAGAUUAAGGCGGAAUUCAAAGUGCUCAUCAAGGAGCGCAAGUCCCGCAAGGCUGAACCCAAGAAGGGCGCCACUGAGGAGAAGUUGCAGGAGCAGAUCAAGAAGCUUGAUGACCGCAUUGCGACUCUCAAGGUGCAGCUGCAGGAUCGCGACAACUUGAAGGACGUCGCGCUCAGCACGUCUAAGAUUAACUACAUCGACCCUCGCAUUAGUGUGGCGUGGGCAAAGAAGUUUGACGUCCCAUUGGAGAAGCUGUUCAGCAGGACAUUGCGUGAGAAGUUCCCAUGGGCCGAAGCAGAGGCCGACGACGACUGGAUCUUCUAA